CGGAGGCUCCAGGAAGCGGGGACCCUCGUCACAACUCACCGCUCCGCCCCGGCACUCGGUCGGUUCCCAGUAGCUCUCUUCGAAUCCGUCCCCGCCCUAACCAGCCUAAGAAGAGAGAAACAAAGGUUCCAGCAACAGGUGAUCCAAUGACAACAGAAAAUGAAAGGCAUUAAGGAAAACGCUGUGGAAUCUCUGUACCUGGAGUACUCUCACCAAAUAGAAGGGUGCAUCUUUCCUCUCCACACAUCUGUAACUUUGUUUUUACUGUCGUACUGUGAAUGCAAGGUCUUUAACGUUUACCUAGUCCCUACUGAAGAAGGUGCAGACACUUCAUUCCUAAAAGAGGCCCUGCCCCAGGACGUGGAGGCACAGGUUCUCUCAAAGCAGGCCCUCCCUCCGAUAGUCCAGAGCUGUUGUCUGCCCGCCGUGGUCAACCAGCCUGACACUUUUUGUAGAGCAGGUCUUGCUGUUGUCCUGAGACACAUAAUCCAAAAAUCCUAUGAAGCCGAGCCCUCGAGAAAAGAAAUUUUGGAACUUCUGGGUUUUAAAAAGACUUGCUUGAAGGCCUGUGCUGAAGUUAGUCAGUGGACCAGGCUAUGUGAACUCACCAUCCCUUUGGCUGUUGAGAAUUUUCUCCAAGAGUCCUCUGACGAUCCCCCAACCAUCCCUGAAGAAAUACUAGAGCUCGAGAGAAAGCUCAGCGAGCCAGUCAGAGUACACAAUGAUGACAAACUCCGACGACAGAAGCUGAAGCAACAAAAGGCGUCUAGCAGUGAGCCUCCCUCUGGUAAGGGAAAAGCGAAGACCAAGGUGCGUGCACACAAGACACCCAAAGAUGUGGCUGGUUCGUCCAAGAGUCUAGAGCUGAAGGUGGCCUUCUCCAAGCUCACGGUGCAGGAAGAUGCAGAAGCUACCAACAGGGAGCCUUCUCACAUCAGGAAAGCAACGGCUUCUGAGCUCCCGCCUCUGGAGCACGUGUUUGCAGAAGGGCUGUACUUCACUCUGGCAGACAUCGUGCUUCUGCCCUGUGUUCACCACUUUUUGGUAAUGAUCUGCAAGAAAUUUUCCGAGAAGCUGGAACAGUUCCCACUCCUCACCUCUUGGUAUCAGAGGAUUCAGGAAGUGCCAAAAGUCAAAACAGCAGCCUUUAAGUGUGGAAUCUGCUUUCUGGAUUUACCAGAAUUGCUGACCCCUGAAAGUAAAGAGCCUGUGAAUUCCAGUGACACAGCUUCUGUAGACGAGCAGAGUGACCCUUUGUUUGUAGGAGGACCAAGGCCAACUAUGACCAAGUUAAUGGAAAAGGGCAUUGAAGCCAUGUUUUCUCCGCACCCUUGUCCUGCUUGGACCCUUGACUGGAGCAGCCUUCCUGCCGCCGUCAGCCCGAAGGAAGGCCAGCUCCCAUUGCAGAGAAACCCAAAGAAAGGAAAUUUGGCUAGGAGCUGUGCAAACAGUAUCUCACAAAGGUGAAGCAAUGUAAUUGUUUAAGAAAAAUAUCCUUAAGCACAGGAUAGAAGAUGUAGUUAUAAUUAGAAAGCUUUACUGAAUGGCAUAUUUACACAGAACUAAUAGUGAACCCUAUAGUGCAUAUAGAUAUGAACUUUAUAAACCUGUUGGUAGAGAAAUUGUUCUUAUGCAGAAACCUAUACUCACAUUUGUAAUUUGACCAGAUUCUUUAUAUAUAAAUGUAAAAUUUUGUAUGUUGUCUAGGCACAAGUAGAUAUGUUAUAUAUGAUCAUACAGACUGCAUUUCAGACUUAAUUCCAGGACACUUCUCUAUCUUAAAGAGAAGUUAUUUUCUGUUAAGACUGUACUCUGGCAUGUUGUUAAAAUAAAAGUAUUUUUGUGGCAGUAUGCACAUUUACCAAAUUGGACAUUAAAAGUAUUUGUUGAUUAGAGGUUCCCUGGGGCUAUAUUCUCUCUCUCUCUCUCUCUCUCUCUCUCUCUCUCUCUCUCUCUCUCACACACACACACACACACACACACACACACACAUACACACACAUACAUUCUGCUCCUUAUGGACUAAUAAUAUGACCUCUUAGCAUUUCAGAAAGAUCUUAGAGGAGAUCUUUAUGGGCAGAGACCAUAGCUCUUCAGAGAGUGAAGAAUCCUGUCUAGGAGUUCAUGCAGUAAACCUUCAAAGCAGAGAGAGGUCGAAUUUCAGUGGCAAGCUGAAGACAGCUAGCAGAAAAACUGUAAAUUCAGAGAUGUUAGACGUCACCAGCGGUGAGAAAGCUGAUGGAGAGGUUAAGUGACUGACACUUGUUAUGUGACACACAGACAGACACAUGUCUGUCAAUCAACCGAAUGAAGACUCAAGGUCUCCACAUACUGCUUCAUAACAGUCACCACUUACAGAUGCAGAUCCCGCCUGUGGAGCUACACUGAACUGUAUUGCCACUGCCCAAAGAAAACUAAAAUUGAGUAACUCAGGGAAAGAAAGUCUAAUAGCAUUAGAAUGUUUUGGAAAAACAGUUCAUCUUCUAUAAGCUACUUAUAUUCAUACAGAACUUUCUCUGAAAGUUACUUUUAGUAAUCAUGCUUUCUCUUGAUAAUCACCACUAAUUAGGAUCGUUCAUAAAACGAUAGAGGUGUGGGGAAGAAGGUUCAGGGAAAGAAAUUGUAAUAACCCUCCAAUUACUGAAGCCUUUGCUUAAAAGGCUUGAAAUUUGGAAUAAUUUGAUCAAAAGAAUGUAAAAUGAUUCUAUUAAGAAUUUCUCAUUUCCAAGACAAAUUUAGGCCUUUGUUGCUGGGAUACAGUUACUGCAAAUGAUUCACUCUGUUUUCCAGCAUUGUGUUUUAUUAGUCUGCAAAUAUUAGCAGGUCAUACUAUACCAAGGAAAUUCCCGUUUGUUAACUGUACCUAACUUAUAACUGUGGGGAGGACUGGAGAUCGUGGAGUAUCUCUUGACACAGCUCACAUUCUGGAAAUAUUUAAUUACAGUGCUUGUUCUGCAGUUAAAGAUCAUGACAUACAAAUAAGUUUGUAUAUUUUUUUCAAGUAAAUGGUCUCCUUUCGUUGUAGGUCUCCCCUUUUUUCUGUACAGCUUAUAUUAUUAGAAAUAAUAAGCAAGCCAUUAAACCCAAACAGCUCUGUUUAUGUAGGUUCCAUGUUGGGAUGGUUAGUUGGUUGUUGGUUCUUUGGUUUUUGAGAUGGUGUCUCACUGUGUAGCCCUGGCUAGCCUGCACUCACUGUGUAGAUCAGGCUGGCCUCAAACUUGCAGUGAUCCUACCUCCUGAGUGCUGGGAUUAAAGGCCUGCACCACUUAGCCUUUAUAUACAACUCUUGCUAUGUUAGUUGGUUUUUGUUUGUGUGUGUGCAUGCCUGUAUGUGAACGCAUGUGUUUGUUUACAGUAGAAAUGAUCACUACUACCUGAGUUUUACAUGCAUCCGUGAACACUUUGUUUACUUGAAAAGGCUUCAUUCCAUCUUCCUGAUCAUCUGUGAAAGAGAAACCCUUGUUAGAUGUGAAUUCAUGUACAAUAUAAAGGAAUGUAGUUCUUAAGAAUGUCAGUUAUAAAUGCAGCAUUUCUCUUUUAAAAGUUAAUAGUAAAAAAUCUAAUUGUAAGAACAUAUACUGACUUUAUAAAAGGUUUUACUAGAUCUUUACAUUUUCUCGUAUACAUUUUUGUUAGAACUUGUCACUCAAAGUCAUACUAUGUUAAAUAACUUAGCGUCUUUAUAUGACUGUGUUGUAUUUACUCCUGAAAAAGUAGUUGAUUUUUGAAAAUACAGUCAUGUAAUAUAACUUUUAAUUUUUAAUGUUUCUAUAGUGUACCACAAGUAGAUUUAAUAUAUUUUGCCAGAUUAUCAGCAGUUAAGUAUACAGUUAUUCUGUAAUUAUCAAUACCAAGUACAGGCGUACAGUGCAAACAUCCUGUAUGUAGAUUUUCUGUGUUGGUAAUUCCUCAGUCUGCUCAAAAAUGUAAGUAAAUUUGCUGUACAUAGACAUUAAUUUUCAAAGCAAUUCUGCAAGUUUAAUUUUACCAUAACACAUGUCCAAGGGCUUUUACUUAAUUCCACUUCCAUUGGCAUUAAGUCACAGAAUUAAAAAGAGGAAAAGAAAACAACUAAUAAUGGUCACUCUUUUUUAAUCAUAGCAAGGUUGAAUAUGUUCAGGGACCAUAUUUACUUGCUAAAGACAUUUUUCUCAGAAUAUUGUUCGACUUUUCAGUUUCAGUUAAAUUAUUUUUCUCAAAAUAGUGUCAACUCAUAAACUUGGUUUUAUUUCCCCUGUAUACAGAAAACCACAGCAUUAGCAGCUAGUUUCUGGCAGUUCUAAUUGAUAUCCUCGGAGAGGAUACAGCAUACAGCGUGAUCACUACACGCCAGGUGCCAGUGAUCAGGUCUGACAUCCAGGACUCUGGGGGGUAGGGAUGCACGCCCAGUAUUGAGAGGCCCUGGACGAGGGGUGCAGGGGUGAUAGCUGGUGUGGAGGUCUGAGCAGCAGCUGGGGUCCAACUUCACGUUCUGGCAUUUAUUAUAUCCCAGCCAGGUUUUUGCUUUUGUUUUAUUAUGUUUUGUUUGGUUUUGAGACAGUCUCUCUGUGUAUUUCUGGCUGUCCUGGAACUCGCUAUGUAGGCUAGGAUGGCCUUUGAGCUACCGGAGAGCUAAUAAGUUGUUUUUAUGUCCCUGUUCAGCAAAGUCAUGCAAAUGCCAGUGUGUUUUCAAUUUUACUGCAGCAGUCAAAGAAAUCUCAUGUAGAUGUUGAAGGAAGUUAGCAUGCCUAUUGAAAACGAGCCUGAAUGUCAAGUGAACCCCACUGCGAAAAUGAAACCCCAGUGGCUCUUCCUCCUAGAUGGCUGAUCAUUAGUAAUUGUGUUUAUUUUCAAUUAAAAAGGUGAUUCCACCUGAGUUCUUUCUCCUGAAAACAGACUGAGCUAUGAGGGGCCUCCGACCGAGUUUUCAUGUUUGUAGAUCUCAUGUCUGUCCAUGUGACCAGCCCUGAUUCGAUCCAUCUGUACACUCUGAGUGCUGCUAGGAAGAAAACAGUAAAGAGCUGAAAGUUAUCUGUGAGGUGUGAUCCUUAGAGCUGUGCUCUGAGUGCUAAAUAUGCACUGAAUGGACGCAACAAAAUUGACUUCAUUAUCAUAGUGAAACUCGAGUUUCUUUUUUAGGGAAGAACCACAAAUACAGUACAUGAGUUACUCAAAACUAAUCUUUAAGCAAUCGCUUGAUAUUUACCAAAAUAGUGAGAUAGCAGAGUGUGGCCACCGUUGCCUAAGCUCUUGAACGAUCAUCUCUUUGGAUCCGAGAAACAGAGUCUAAAUAGGGCGCAUGUGUGCUCUCUACACUGAUAACUGAAGACAAGUCCACCUGCAACCAAGGGGUUUAGUCAGCUAACAGCAGAUGCAGUUGCUAAUUCGUGGAGGCAGAGGGCAGGAGAGAAGGAGGCAGGAAGGGAAGAGGGAGGAAGGAGAGGAUGAGGAGGAAAGGGGAUGCAGAUAGACAAGAGAGAAUUUCACUAAAAUGCGGUGAGCUAAGUCAGCUGGCCUUAGUAGGGCUUCCUGUUUGAGGACCCCCAUGAACGUCAAUUCCAGUAAACUCACAUUGCUUUGGUGUCUUUUAGAAAUUUUCUUUUUAAAGAAAUAAAAAAAACCUGUUUUAUGAUACUCUGCUGAGACUAAUCUUACCAGCUUUUGUCGGCUGUGUCCUUUGCUUCUUUUGGUUUUACAGUGUCAGAAAGAUACUGGCAGUGGGUGCCAUGAGAGGCCAGAAAGAAGGGGACUUGGUCCAUGUUUUGGCAAGUUUCCAAGCAGGUUUUGGCUCUAAAAUAUUGUGAGUGUUGGUUUAUCAUUGGUUAUUCUGUAGGAGAGGGCUCUGCCCAUUUCUAAACUUACUUUGUUUACUGAGCAUAAAGCACUGUUUUGCUGGCUUCUUCAUUCUAUAAACAAUUAUUUGACUGAAAUUUCAUCUACAGAUUUUCUUUUUUUCAUUUGUUCUUAUUGAGUCCAUUGACCACCAUUUUGUUCAUAAUAUAAAAGUGUGGCAUUUCCGCAAAGUUAGCUGCUGACUGGUGUGCUUUGACUCGUUUGCUUCCUGAAGUGUAGCAAUGUAGGAAUACACUGUGGAAAGAAGUUUGCUGGAAGCAAUGAGUGAGUCACUUGUGACUGUUGUUGCUUGGUAGCCUUCUUCUGUGCCUGAAGUUGAUGUCACUUGCCCGUCUGUGUCUGUGGUUGUCACCCCUGUGAAGUCUGUGAAUCUGAGCGGUCUAUUCCUAGUGUUGCUCUUUACAUGGGCUUGGCCACUCAAGACCAAGGGCGUAGGUAGGGGUGAGUCUCGCUACCUUAAGCGCUCGAGGAAGACAGUGAUACACUUCUUUGCCUUGUUUUUGACUGGAAAUGUCUGCAUCCUCAUUCCCUGAGGCCAGAUUUCAAGUGUUUUCCCAAAGGAAUCUGUCAAUCUCACCUGCAUAAUUUCUGUCACCUAAUAAAGUAUUCAUAGAGCUGUCAGCUCCAUGGUAGGCACCUGACUAAGGGGGCAUCUUAGUGACACAGCUUAAGAAUAGAUUAGCCUGAAAUCUUAGUUAAAUGUAUGCUGAAACUAAGAUUAUCCUUGAUGUUUUUUAAGGAUAUUAGCAUAUUUAAUACCAAGGCAAACGAUAGUUUAUUCAGCGUUAGCUCCUGGUUCUGAGUCGGUUAGCUUCUAAUUUAAAGGUGAUGAAAUGCAGGAAAAAUGUCUUUGGUAGGCAGGUCUAAGAGGAUGUAGUUAUAUACCUGACCUGCUGAUGUGUCUGCCCUGAUACCUCAAAGAAAACAGAAGCAGGUGUUGAUAUUUUCCCAAAUAAUGGCUUGGUCAUUUUUGGUAGACGGUGUUUAUUGCACCAUAAAAUUGACAUUUCAGAACCGGUUGCUAUUUACAGCAGCCAGUUUCUGCUGAUAGACUUUUUUCUUCCUAUACUCCAGACCCACGUGCGCUUUGUAAAAUGUGUUCAUGUUUUAAGCUGGUUCAUACUUUUGCUUAAGCUUGGAUUCUCCUGUGAGGGUUUAGUUUUGUGUGUGCUGCCUUUUGGGACUGAUGUAUAUUUUAAUCCAUUAAAAAUAUGUAAAACAUGUUUUCAAUUUUGAAAGAUUAGUCAGUCCAUUUGCUUUAAAUCUGGUUAAUAACAAACCACUCACACAAGACAAGCACGGUUAUUUUUAUUUUAUUAUUUUAUUUCUGUGUAUGGAUGUUUCGUCUGUGUGUAUAGCUAUAUACGUCUUGCAUAUCUGGUGCCUGUAGAGGCAAGAGAGGGCAGGGGAUCCUGUGGUACUGGACUUGCAGACAGUUGUGAGCUAGUGUCUGUCAGUGCUGAGAUCAAUCCCAGGUCCUCUGAAAGAGCAUCCGGUCCUCUUAAUUACUGAGCUUUGUCUCCAGCUCCAGAAAAUUAAUGACUGAGUACCUAACAUAUUACCCAUAUUUACAGAAUGAACAAGACAAACAUAUCAACUAAGAAGAUAUUUUGAUAAAAUAUAAAACCUGUCAUAUGAUAAGUGACUUUCAAUAGCUUUAAAAUAAUUUGUUACUGUUGUAGGUUCAACAACUACUAAUGUAUAUUGCUGUACAUCUCCAGUAAGUAAUACUAAUUUUAGACUCUGUAAUAAUUCAUUUAUUUAUGAGUGGCUAUAUCGUGAAGAAAUGACACAUUAGUUUGCCCAUGCUGCUGUAACAAGGUACCAGCUGAGUAGAUUUAAUAACAACUUAUUAUUUUCUCAGUUCUUGAAGUCCAGAAUGAUGUGGCCAGCAUGUAGCUUUUGUCCUAUACGCAGAGUACAUGCUAACUCAUUUAAUGAGGACAUGGGUUUGAUAUGAAAUGGACUGUUGUACAAGAAUUAUUUUAAGUGAUAUGUGUUUAUUUUAUGUAUAAGCAUGUUCUACCUACAUAAAUGUUUCUACACUGUGUUCAUGCCUGAUACCUGGUACCAGAGUAUUCCCUGGUACUGGAAUUACAUACGGUUGUGAGCUGCCCUGUCAGUACUAGGAAUCGACUAUAGGACCUGUCUCUGUAGGAACAGUUAACCCCUUAGCUGCUCUCCAGCCCUCAGUGUCUAUUGACAAGUGUAAACAGAGAGCUUGAAGGUAAUGGAUUUCAGAGAUCUGUUAUGCCAAAUGUUUUCUGUCUUCUGACAGUAAAAGGAUUUAGACAUGUCCUAUUUGUGUUUAAAUAAUAUAGGGUUAACAUUUAAGCAUUUCAAGGAUGAUAUUUUGUUAGGUCAAAACUAUUUUUAAAUUAACAAUACUUUAUACAGAGAUAAAUACGUACUUCGUCUAUAUAAGGUCUUUCCCCUGUAGAGAGAAACAAGUACUGCCUGAUUACCAA